CAUUCAGGUCCCUGAUUGUCACUCCUAUUUAAGCUUUCCACAAUGGCCAAGUUUUGCUUCGUUCCACUAGCUUUGCUGAUGGCUUGCUACGCUGUUCAAGUUUAUGGAGCUCCUCCCGACGAGCUCACUGUUGCCUGGGAAAACUUUUUGGCGCAUCAUCCAAUCAAGGGGGCAUCUCCUCAAGAGCUCGCGAAGCGUAAAGGCAACUUUGCGAAAGCUCACGCCAUGAUCGAGAAACACAACAAGAACAAGAACGCUACCUUCCACAUGGCACACAACAAAUUCUCCAUCAUGGACGACCACGAGAAAAAGAAGUACACUGGUGUGCAUCUUCCAUCGCAUCCAAAAGAUGUGAAGUACUUUGAUGCCAAUGAAUCCGCAGUAUCGACGCGCCAGCUGCCCCGUUCCGAAUCUACUUGCUUACCUUCAUGUUACGUAAUGCCAAAAAGUAAGACGCAAUUAACAUUUGCCAACACUUUUGAAGGCUUCAUGCAACUACGUGGUGCUUGA